UGUGAUGUCAUCUUGUGUGACAGUGAGCGUGCGUGUGUGACCGUGCACGUAAAAGUGUAUGUGUGUGUGUGCGUGUUUUAGCGUGAACGUUCAAGCUUCUGUGUGUGUGUGUGUGUGACUGUGUGUGUGACUGUCUGUUUGUGUGUGCGUACACGCGCUCUGGAGCUGGCGCGAGCUGGUCCGCGGCGGCAGACUGAGCGCUCGUGAGAUUUCAGAUUUGACCCAACAUGUAGGAGGGCGCUCGAGCUCCAUCCCUCUCUCUCCUCUUCUCGUGCACGGAGCGGAACGGAACGCACGUAGACCCGGUGAAACCGUCACGCGGAUCGGAUCCGUGGAAUCUGUUCCACAGCAUCAUCCCGGUAGGGCGCGAGGAGCGGUCGCUGGUCGGUGUGGCACCGGGCGGAGGGACACAGAGGCGGGACGCUGUGCGCUGGACCUCCUGGCCGAAUCGGAGCAUCCCCCCUCGGUCCCCCCGGGCAGCAGCAUCCCGUCCCUCCGCGCCUCAGCUCCAGCGGGAGGCCCGGCCCCGGAGAGGCGGCAGGAUGUAGCAGCGGAUUAACGGAGGAGAGAGGGUCGCUCAGAGGAAGAGAGCGGGACCAGGGAGCGGGACUGCGGCGGGACGGAGGGGACAUGGGGAAGGACCAGGAGCUGCUCCAGGCCGUGAAGACCGAGGACUUGCUGACAGCUCAGCGGCUCCUACAGAGACCACGGCCGGGGAAAGCCAAGCUCCUUGGAGCAGCAAAGAGGGUGAAUGUCAACAUCCAGGAUGCAGAUGGGUUGUCACCGAUUCACCAUGCUGCUCUGAGCGGCAACAAGGAGCUGAUCUCCCUGCUGCUGGAGGCCCAGGCUGCAGUGGAUAUUAAAGACAAUAAAGGGAUGCGACCUCUGCAUUACGCUGCGUGGCAGGGGAAGACUGAACCAAUGAAAAUGCUGCUGAAAUCCGGGUCGUCAGUCAACGGACAGUCAGAUGAAGGACAGAUCCCUCUCCACCUGUCAGCUCAGCAUGGACACUAUGAUGGGUCUGAGAUGUUGCUGCAACACCAGUCCAACCCGUGUAUCUCAGAUGCAGCUGGGAAAACACCAUUGGACCUCGCCUGUGAAUUUGGACGUGUUGGAGUGGUGCAGCUCCUGCUCAGCAGUAACAUGUGUGCAGCCAUGAUAGAGCCGAAACCCUCCGACCCCAACGGAGUGUCACCUCUGCAUCUCGCUGCCAAGAACGGACAUAUUGAUGUCAUAAGGUUGCUGAUUCAGGCGGGUAUAGAUAUCAACAGACAGUCCGAGUCUGGCACAGCCCUACAUCAGGCUGCCCUCUGUGGGAAGACGGAGGUAGUACGCCUGCUGCUGGAUAGCGGCAUCAGUGCAGGAGUGAGAAACACUCUGAGUCAAACGGCGCUGGACAUCGUGAACCAGUUCACCACCACACAGGCCAGCCGGGAGAUCAAGCAACUACUGAGAGAUGCUUCAGCUGCAAUGCAAGUGCGAGCACUGAAGGACUACUGCAACAACUACGACCUAACCAGCCUCAACAUUAAAGCCGGGGAUAUUAUCACGGUUCUGGAGCAGCACUCCGACGGGCGGUGGAAGGGCUGCAUUCACGACAACCGCACAGGAAACGACCGCGUGGGCUACUUUCCCUCCAACAUGGUGGAAGUCAUCAAGAGGGCAGGUUCGCGGACUGCAGAGCCGAGUCCUCAAGGUUCUCCAACCCUGGGACACCAGAGCAGCACCAGUGAGGAUAUCUGGGUGCUGCGUAGACCUCUGGCAGGUGGCGAGCGCAGUGGCAGCGUGGGCAGUCUCGGCAGUAUCCGGUCAUCAACCAGCUUGCAGAGCUCCGGAAACACACACGUACUCACCACCCCUGCACCCAGUCCACAUCCCUGCACCCAGUCGACAACAGGAGUCAACACACACGGCCUCAACGCUCCGGGCCUGCACGCACAGGCUGAGGGCGUAAAGCUCCUGGCCACUGUGCUUGCCCAGUCGGUUAAAGCAAAGGAGCAUCUCCUGGAGCAGUCGCAGUCUGUUGAGCAGUCAGCGAGCUCCUCCAGCUGCACAGUUCUCGAACAGCGGCCGUUUGAGCGGAAGGCCGAGGAGGAUGAUGGGAAAAAGCAGGCAGUAGUGGCGUGGCUGGGUGAGUUUCAGCUGCAGUUCUACACCACCCACUUCCUCACCGCGGGAUAUGAUCUAGACACCAUUAGCCGCAUGACCCCCGAGGACCUGACGGGGAUCGGGGUCAUGAAGCCUGGACAUCGAAAAAAGUUAACGUCAGAGAUCAGCAAGCUGCCGUCUACGGACUGGCUGCCGGACCACAAGCCGGCCAAUCUGGCAGAGUGGCUGUCUCACCUGGGUCUCAGUCAGUACUACCAGGUUCUGGUGCAGAAUGGAUAUGAAAACACUGACUUCAUCUCUGACAUCAGCCUGGAAGAUCUGCAGGAGAUCGGCAUCACUAAGCUGGGCCAUCAGAAGAAGCUGAUGUUGGGAGUGAGCAGACUGAAGGAGCUGCAGAAAGGAGAAAGUGGUUCUGAGCCUCCUCAGAGUCCCUCCACGCCUCCGUCCAGCCCGGGUGGCAGCGACAGCUCAGAGCCACGGAGGGAGGCCAGGAAGCAGAGGGACGGGGCCCCGAGCCCGCUGGCCAAACCUCGUCCAGGUCCCAAGCAAGCACAGACCCCUCCCCAAACUCCACCACAGACCCCCCAACAUGUCCGAACCCAGCAGGCCUCCCCAAGGGCUCGGCCGCGCCCCUCCACCCAGGUGGCUGCGGUAGAUUCUUCAGUGCCGCUGCUUCGGCUGCCCAGCGAGGAGGAGGAGCGACGAAGGACUCACAGUCUCAUUGGCUCAGAAUCAGACUCUAGAUACGCCACCGUGUGCCGCAGCAGCUCCGCCCGUACUGCUGCCUCCAAUGACGUCACGGUCAACCGCAGCCAAUCCUCUGUCACCCUCCGCCCCCGUCGGAAAGGUCGGCCCCCGACGCCACCUAAACGCUCCUGUUCCUCUAUUACAGGGGGUGACGGGGAAGGGGAGGGGCAGGGGGAGGGGCUGCUGGGGCUACCAACCUAUCGAGAGCGGCGGGCCAGUGACUGCGGCGGCCUGGGAUCAGCUUUAAGAGCUCAGGAGUCAGGAGGCCUGGAGAGGUCAGAGGGGGCUUCGGGGAGUGUUCGCAGCCUGGCUGCCAUGCUGGAAACCUCAAUGGUGGGUGGAGCCAAAACCCUGCCAAAGAAUCUGGGAAGCAGCAACAGCUACCUACAGGUGAGUCCGCCUGUACUCCGUCGCCAGGCGCACGCAGGAGGCCUGGGGUCCGAGGAGGACGAUGCCCUGAGUCGCCGCAGGACCAUCUGUGGACCGGAGGGUAUCCCUGGUGAUGAAGCUGACCUGGUACCACGGCAAGCAGCCCAGCCGCGUCCAGAGCCUAGGCCUCGCUCGACCGUGGUCUCCUCAGCAGCAGAGAUCACAGACGGCACCGUGACACUCCGUAGGAAGCCGCAUCCCCCGUCAACAGACUCUAAAGCACCAGCAUCAGAGGCAACCGGGUCAGAAACCAUACGCAGGAGACCACGCAAGUCAGAGCAUAAGGAAAAUGCCGUUAAAAGCAAUAACCAUUCGGACUCUCCGAGCAGUCCCGUCGAUGGCAGCCGGAAAAAUGGAGGCCAGGUGCAGCAGAACGGUGGCGUGGUCCUGAGGCAGAGGCCCGCGUCUCAGGUGUCUGAUAGGACGGAGCCCAACAGUGAGAGCUGUGAGUGGAUGGAGGCCAGGAAGUCUCUGAAGCCGGCGGUCUCCCCCAAACCAUCCACAGUCGCACUGAGAAAGACACAAGCUGAACCCCCAACACCAACACGCAGAGUCCCCAUACCCGGGCCUGAUCACGCUGAGAAGGCACAGAGCCCUGAGCCGAAGCGAGUUCCUCCUCCUGUGUCUCCAAAGCCCCGCGGCCCCCCAACAGCACCCAAACCAGGCAAAGCAAUAGUAGCCUCGGCGAACAUGAGCCCGGGCUCUGCGGCCACCAGCCCCACCCCGGCCCCCAAACCCUCCUCUCCGCUCUCCGCUGCCCCGCUUCCAGCUCCUGACACCACCUCCGGCUCAUCCCUCUCUCCAGGCCUCCCUCUUACAUCCCCCUCUCCGGCCCAGAGUCCCUCCACCCCGUCACCACACCCCGUCAAACCUCCACGCUCCUCCAUCGCCGGGCUCUCCAUCGACUUGAUGGGAGUACAGGAGGAGGAGGAGAGGAAGAGGGAAGAGGAGAGGAGGAGGGAGGAGGAAGAGCGGAGCAGAGAGAGGGAGCUUAAGAGGUACAAAGAGCAGGAGGAGGAGAGGAAGAGAGCAGAGGAAGAGAGACAGAGGGAGGUGGAGGAGACGCCCUCAAGGGAAGAAGGAGCGAGAGAGGAGGUGGAGAGUCAAGCGAUGGGAGCGGAGCAGGAGGAGGAGGGGGCUCAGCAUCGUAUGGAGGAGACCAGCGCCUCCUUGGCUGCAGCUCUUCAGGCUGUGGAGCAUAAAAUCCAAGAGGAGGAUGAACAAAAUGACUCCAACUCCAGCAAGAAGUCGUCAGUCUCCAUCUUGGACGACAUCGGCAGCAUGUUCGACGACUUGGCGGAUCAACUGGAUGCAAUGCUCGACUGAUCCCCGGCCCGCACCUCAUCACCAACAAGCCCUUCCCCCUCUCCCCCCUCCUCCAUGUGUAGGUACAUCCAGACAGCAGCUCCCCCACGGCUGGACGCUGAUGCUCCGAGAGCGUGUGUGUGUGUGUUUGAGAGCGUGUCCCUCUGGUGCGAGCGCUUCUCAUGUAGCCUUGUACAGUCAAACUGUGGAGGGAGUUCCUCCUAACCUGGUGCAGUAGCUCUGUAGUCGGGCCUCCCAGUGCGAGGAGGCCGCUCCCACACAACCUCUGACCUCUGCAGCCCAGCGAGCAGCCGCCGCCACCCUGGGCUCAGACGGCGGCGUGGACCGAGAAGCACAAUCAUUUUUCCUCAUCCUUUGAAACUCUACAGACUCUGGCAGAGACGCUAACUCAGUCAGACAGGGAGACAGGCAGAUGAGCAUAUUGCUUGCAAAAAAUAAGCACAUCAACCGACAGACAGGCAGAUAGACAGACAGACAGACAAUAUGCAUACAGAUGAGAAUUUUUAAAAAGCACAUGGAAGCAGACAGGCCGCUUUCCGAGUCUGUCUCACUCCUGCGAUGUCAACAGGAUGCAAUUUUCCAGACGAAUCGUAGCCUCUGUUUCUCUUCUGUGUGAGUGGAGGAUUGUGGGUAGCUGCACUUCCUGAGCUGUGUGUUGUCUCCGUUCAUGUGGCCGUUGUUGCUGUUGUCGUUAUCGUUGCCGUUGUUGUCGUUUAAAGAGUGUGUGCGUGUGUAUUUCCCUGCUGAUGCUCAUGUCAGUGUCCUCCCACUCGUACAGUAGUUGUACUCAUGAUCAGAGCGACGACAUAGAUGUGUGUCCAGGAAUUUUUGGGACACACAUACACAAGCAUAUACAUACACACACACACACACAAACAUACAUAUUGCAUUUUUUGUAAUCUCGCUGGUGUUCUGUUGGUGUUUAGCUCCGCCUAUGGAGGUUUGCUUGGAAAUGAAUACACACACGCACAUUACAAAGAAUGACACGCACACAGACAUUACAAAAAAAUGACACACACACACAUUAUAAAGACUGACACACACACACACACACACACACAGACAUUACAAAGACUGACACACACACACACUUUCCAAAGACUGACACGCACACAGACAAUACAAAGACUGACACACAAACAUACGUAACAAAAACUCACACACACAUCCCAUACUGACACGCACACAUUUAUACAAGCACACUCAUGCUGUGUAUCCCUUUGUCCUGCUGCAGUGAACAGUGUUUUUAAAAAUUAAUCCUAUAUUUCAAUGCUUUCUAUAGUACAUCCAGUAUACAUACAUACAUAGAGUUUAUAAUAUAUCUGGGUAUUUGAGCUUUUAGAGCUCCCUCUAGUGUUGGUUAGUGAAACUGCCUCCAAUCUGCCCCCACUACUGUCUCAUCCUCUUUCUUUUUAAUCUCCCUUUGUGUCCUGUCCGUUAACUCUGCAUCUUUCUGUGCCUUGGUUGUUUUCUUUCGUAUAUUCUAAAUAUAAUUUUAUAAGUUUUCCUCACCUUAAAACCUUUUUCUCCGUUUCCUCACGAAACCCCUCGCACCUUGUUUGUCUGUGUGUUAGCUUUAUAGUUUGACUUGUGAGUCCCUCAGUAUAUGAUCAUUGAAUUCAGUCGCCCUGUCUGAAGUCCUCCUGUAGCCAUUGAGAAGCCAUGUUUGAGCCCAUGUAAGCCCCUCUGUGUGCUGUUAGACGUCGGCUCUGCUCCUCCUCGGCUCCCCCGGUUCCCAGUGGUCCCACAUGCAGGCCCGACAGUGGAUCGGCCACCGGUGUUCAUCCCAAUGAAGAGUCUACGUGUAUUUUUAUGCUCUUUGAAAACAAAGAUAUAUUUGAGAGACAGAUGGUUCUAUGUGAAUAAAAAUACAAAAUAAUAAUGAUAAUUAUAAUAAUGAUAAAUGGUAAUUCUAGACGUUGAAUCGAGGUGAUCUGAUUGAGCCUGUGCAUUUCUGGUUGAGUUCUGGAUGUGUUGUGACGGCUGUUGUGCCGUGGUUGGGUUUUAAGGUUGUGUUUCUGCUGUGGUGAUGAUGAUGCAUUUCUGUACAGCUGUGAUCAGAAUAAAUGUGUAAAUUAAACCUUGA